UCACUUCAUUCACCUUCCAUUUUUUUAUCUUCUCUUUUCCACUACUUCAUUUUCUCCGCGCAACAAUUUCACAAAAUGCAUUUCAUCACUUUCUUCUUCUUCCUUCUCUUCUCUUUCAACACUCUCACUUCUUCAACAUCAUCAUCAUCAUCACAAAAUGAUGACACUUUUGAUUUUGUUCGUCCUCUAGAUCCCAUGUUGUUAGGCUUAAACAAGAAGGAAAAACUAAGUCAUUUAAGAUUCUAUUGGCAUGACAUAAUGAGUGGAAAAAACCCAACAUCAAUUAUGGUUGUUCCACCAACCUUAAACUCGACCACUUUUUUUGGUUCAGUUCACAUGAUUGACAAUCCUUUGACUUUAGGACCAGAAUUGAGUUCGAAACUUGUUGGAAAAGCUCAAGGCUUCUAUGCAUCUGCUUCACAGGCUGAACUUGGUUUACUUAUGGCUAUGAAUUUUGCUUUAAUUGAAGGAAACUAUAAUGGAAGUACUAUUACUAUCUUGGGGAAGAAUCUUGUUUUUGAUAAGGUUAGAGAGAUGCCUGUUGUUGGUGGUACUGGACUUCUCAGAUUUGCAAGAGGGUAUGCUAAAGCUAAAACUCAUUGGUUUGAUCUCAAAUCUGGAGAUGCUACUGUUGAGUACAACAUCUAUGUUUUUCACUAUUGACUUUUAAUUAUUGUUGGUGUAAUAUUUAAGCAAGAAAAGAGAAUAAGAAUGAGAAAGAUAAAUAUAAAUAUAAAGGCUAUAGUGUAU